AUGAGGCGAGGAGUUGAGGGGGAGCCACCUACCGCACCCCCUUCCCCCCUUUCUUCCUCCACACCCCUGCCCCACCCACGGCAGUCCCUGCAGAAUCCUUACCGCCACCCCCUCAGCCCCCCCCCCAACGGCAAAAGCGGGAGGGAGCGAGAGGAAGAGGAGGCGGCAGUUCUGCUCCUUUUCACGGCGGCACUGGCGGGGUCUCUGCUGGCGGUGGCACUGCUGGCGGGGUCUCUGCUGGCGGUGGUGCUGCUAGCGGGGUCUCUGCUGGCGGUGACGCUGCUGGCGGGGUCUCUGCUGGCGGUGGCGCUGCUGGCGGGGUCUCUGCUGGCGGUGGCGCUGCUGGCGGGGUCUCUGCUGGCGGUGGCGCUGCUGGCGGGGUCUCUGCUGGCGGUGGCACUGCUGGCGGGGUCUCUGCUGGCGGUGGCGCUGCUGGCGGGGUCUCUGCUGGCGGUGGCGCUGCUGGCGGGGUCUCUGUUGGCGGUGGCACUGCUGGCGGGGUCUCUGUUGGCGGUGGUGCUGCUGGCAGGGUCUCUGCUGGCGGUGGCGCUGCCGGCGGGGUCUCUGCUGGCGGUGUAG